AUGUUACUUUGUUUUGGGAAACCAAUGAUCGAUGUUAUUGUUAGUGUUGACGAAAAUGUCUUGAAUAAAUAUGGAUUUCGUGCGAAUGAAGCGAGAAAAGCUACAGAAAAAGAAAGAGGGAUAUUCGCAUAUAUUUUGGAGCUAAAUCCUAGGUUUAUUCCUGGCGGAAGUGUUACAAACACUGCUAGAAUAUUUCAGUGGGGCGAGAAUAUUAAUUUUUAUUUUUUCGAACGAGAUACAGAAACAGUACAGUGUGCAGUUUUGCUUUCUGAUAAUGGUAGAAAUCGUUCUCUAAUCACAAAUUCCUUGUUGAUUAAUUCCGAAAAAAACAACCAAAAGAUUUGUUUAGAUGAUAUUAAAGAAAAUUUUGGGAAAUAUAAUGUUUUUUAUACACCAACAUAUUCCCUGGUAUCUUUUUCGGAAGAAGUUUUUCAAAUCUGCCAUGAUUUUCAAAGAAACAAUAAGAAAAUUGUAAUAAAUUUAGGUGCACCCUAUAUCUUGGAAAAACAUCGGGAAAACUCGAAGUAUUUGUUUGAAACUGCUGAUAUUGUCAUUGGAAAUGAAGAGGAAUACCGGGUCUAUGCAAAAAUAUCUGACAUCUCUGACUAUAAUUUAAUCGAUUUGGAAAAUUUGAUCUCCCAGAUUUUCUCUCUUAAUUCAAAAAAGGCUAGUAAAAUUCUUGUUUUAACAAGAAGUAGCCAUCCUAUUAUAACGUUUGAUGGGAAUAAUUUUCAAUAUUAUGACAUUGAAAAGGUGGAGAAUUUAGUGGAUAGUACUGGCGCUGGAGAUGCGUUUGCUGGUGGAUUUUUGGCAAAAUAUGUUGAAAACCAAUCAGUGAGUGAAUGCAUUCAAUGUGGAAUUCUUUGUGCUAGAGAAAUACUUCAAGUUUAUGGAUGUGACAUAGAUGUUAGUAAAAAUAUUGUUAUUGUAUAAUGUUAUUAUUGUUUUGGUUUCAAUAAAAUAACGUAUAGAUAUUAAAUACAGUAAUGUA